AAAAAGGCGGAAGUUAUCAAAACGACCCGAAAUAAAUUAACUGCGUGACGGAGUUUAAUCGGGCAAAGCAUUGAAAAUGUUGAAAGAGUUGGUGAAGGAGCGACUAUUGGCGGCAGCUGAUGAAAUAUUCGCGCUGUUUGAAAGAACGAUAGCGUCAUAUGAGGAGGAACUUUCCCGAACGAGAGAGGAGACGGAGCGACAUCGACAACAACUGGAAGCUGUUAGCAAGACUCAAAUAGUGUUACACUUUGAAGACGCCCAGCAGCUGAUCGGUCGUCAAGAAGAACGGCCCAUUCAGCCGCAAUGUGAGAGCUCCACUUUGAAGCAGGAGGAUUCCCAGCCUCCCCAUGUUAAAGAGGAAGAGGAGGAACCCUGGAUCACUCAGGAGGGAGAGUGUCUUCUAGGGCCAGACGAGGCUGAUCUCACAGUGUUGCCACUGACUGUCGUCUCUGUGAAAAUUGAAGGCCAUGAACACAAACCACCCGAAUCCUCACAGCUUCAUCACAGUCCGAGUGAGGAGAACAGAGGGGCGGAGCCUCCAAGCAGCAGCAGCAGUAGCAGCUCACCACAACACAUGACAACAGAAGCUGAUGGAGACCACCGUGGAGGAUCACAAGCAGACAAGCUCUUAGCUCCCCUGUCAGAAAGUGAUGACGUAACAUCACACUCUCCUGAGGAUGAAGAAGCUUUGAGCAGCGAUGCAGACGGUGAGGGUGAUAGGAGGUCUCACACUGACAACAAACACUCUGAAUGCCCUAAAAAGAAGAGGGGUAAAAAAUGUUUGACCUGCUCAGUUUGUGCUAAAAGCUUUUCUUAUGAAAGGGAUUUUGCUCGACACAUGAGAUCACACACGGGAGAAAAACCUUUUAGUUGUUCAGUUUGUGGUCAAAGAUUCUCUCAAAAGUCAAACAUGGUAACACACAUGAGAACGCACACAGAAGAAAAAGCUUUUAGUUGUUCAUUGUGUGACAAAAGAUUCAUUAAAAAGGCAAAUAUGGAAUCACACAUGAGAACACACACAGGAGAAAAACCUUUUAGUUGUUCAGUUUGUGGGAAAAGAUUUUCUCAUAAGAUUAGAAUGGUAUCACACAUGACGACACAUACAGGAGAAAAACCAUUUUGUUGUUCAGUUUGUGGUAAACAAUUCUCGGACAAAAAUAACAUGGUAAAGCACAUGAAAACGCACACAGGAGAAAAACCUUUUAGUUGUUCAGUUUGCAGUAAAAGAUUCUCUGAAAAGUCGCACAUGCUAUCACACAUGAGAACGCACACAGGAGAAAAACCUUUGAGUUGCUCUGUUUGUGGCAAUAAAUUUGCUCAGAAGUCCACUGUUGUGCGACACAUGAGAACACACACUGGAGAAAAACCUUUUAGGUGUUCAGUUUGUGAUCAAAGAUUCACUCAGAAGUCAAACAUGCGAUUACACAUGAGAACACACACGUGCGAAAAAACAUUUUGAUACUGAGUUUGUGAUAAAUGUUUCUUUAAAAGGCAAUUUGCGCAACAUGUGAGAAUGUUGAGUGAGACCGUUUACAUGUUACAGGAGGCCAUAAAAGCCUUUGGAGUGUUCAGUCAACACAUUAGAACACACAAAAGGAAAUAAAAAAACUUUAGUUGUUCAGUUUGUGGUAAAAGAUGCUCGACCAAUCAAACAUGAGAACGCACACGAAAAAACUUUUACUGGCUCACAUAGUGGCAAAAGUUGUAUAAGUUUGACAGCACACAUGUGGACACACAUACUGUAUGAAUGAGGUGGUUGAAAAGUUUGAUAACUAAUUUGUAAAUAUUGGACCAAAACUGGAAGAAGAGAUUCCAAAAUUCUGGACGGUCGAGGAAAGGAAUGAAACAAUAGACAGGAAUCCUAAUUCCAUGUUCCUCACUCAUGUGACAAAAAAGGAAAUCGCUUGAUAUUGUCAAGAAUUGUAAUGCAAAAACAUCAACUGAUUGUAAAGGAAACGCUAAAAGGGGUUAUUAACGCGAUGGUAGAACCGCUUACGUACAUCAGUAAUUUAUCAUUCUAGACUGGUAAAUUUCCUAAAACAGCUAAUAUAGCUUCAGUCUUCAAAAACGGAAACAGACAUUAAUUUACAAACUACCGACCGGUUUUCUUUAUUCCCACAAUUUUCUAGAACUGAUCGAGAAGCUAUUCAAUAUCAGGUUGGACAGAUUUAUUAAUAAAAAUAGAUUACUCGUGGAUAGCCAAUAUGGAUACAGAGCUAACAUUUCAACCUCCAUGACAAUGAUUGAAAUUACUGAGGAAAUUACCAACACUAUAGACCACAGAAAGUGUGCAGCUGCAGUAUUUAUGGAUGUCACAAAAGCUUUCCAUACAGUUAAUCACAACAUCCUAAUUACAAAAUUAGAAAGGUACGGAAUCAGAGGGUUAGUUUUGAAUUGGGUCAAAAGCUACCUAGCUAACAGGAAGCAAUAUGUGAAGCCAGGAGAAUAUACAUCUGCAAGUUUAAAAUAUUACGUGAGGAGUACCCCAGGGGUCAAUUUUGGGACCAAAACUGUUCAACUUGUUAUAUUAAUGACAUCUGUAAAGUGACAAAAGACUUAAAAUUGCUGCUAUUUGAUAAUAGGAGGACGGACACACACUCGCAAAUACAAAUUGGCGAUGUGGACAUUGAAAGGUUUAAAUACAUUUUUGGGGAUCAUAAUAGAUGAAAAAAUUAGCUGGAAAUCUCACAUUAAAAAUAUACAACAUAAGGUGGCGAGAAAUAUCUCAACACUAAAUGAAGAAACAUUUGACCUUGAACCAAAAAUACCUCCAUACGCUUUACUGCUCUCUGGUAUGGCCACAUCUAACUCACUGUGGAGUUAUGGGACAAUAACUAUAAAAGCAAUCUUCACUCGCUAAAUGUCCUGCAAAAAAGAUCAGUGAGGAUAAUCCAUAAUGGUGUGUAUCGAGAACAAACAAAUCCUUUAUUUCUAAUCUCACAAAUAUAAAAAUUUGCAGAUUUAGUCAAUUUUCAAAGAGCUAAAAUGAUGCCUAAAACUAACAAUAACCUGUUACCCAAAAAUGUCAUUCAAUACUUUUCUACAAGAGAGGAGAAAUAUGAGCUCAGGGAAAAACUCAACUUAAAACAUUUCUAGACGAGAACAACGCUAAAAUGCCACAGCAUUUCAGUAUGUGGAAUCAAAUGAUGGAACGCAUUGAGUAAGGAACUCAGUGCACCAAGAUGAGCCAUUUCAAGAAACAAUAGAACCAGUUGAUGUUUGCAAAAUACAAGUAAGAAUAUGUUCCAUUAUGUCUAUUUGUAUUUAUUAUUCUUUAUUGAUUAUUAUACUGAUAUACUGAUACUGAUAUAUACCGACCGCUAUCAGGCUCUACAACACCUGAACCAUUUUGUAUUUCACUAUGUCUAUGCAUUGCAUGCAUUGUCUAUGAUUAUGCAUUCUUGACUUGUGUACAUACUUGUGUAUCUUGCUUGCUGCUGUAACAGAUGAAUUUCCCUGCUGUGGGAUUAAUAAAGUACUACUACUACUACUACUGAUUAUUAUAUACGUAUGAUUAUUAUUUAUUAUGAUUGUGGAAAAACCCUGACAUUUAUAUUACAACAAUGAAACAUUUCCCAUCACUUUUUUAUGUAUUAAAAAGAUCACAUGAAAUACAGGAAGUGAAUAAAUGUACUGCAACAGAUGUGAAACGGAUGGGGGGUAGGAUUAAACAAGAUUUGCUUCUCCCUAACUGCUUUUGGAUAUGUGGAACUGUGAAUUUCACGAUGUGAUGUGUUCUAUUGUAACUUGUAUGCAUGUUCAAAUACAAUUAAAA